UAUGUGUAUGUCGCCCUCUUGUGCAGUAUAUCUAUACCUAUAGGAAUUCUGUUUUAACCUCAAAAUAUUUGUUCAUAUCGGCACAUUUGAUGUAUACUUACACAUUAGUAAAAGAUAGGUAGCACUAUGUGCCGAAGGAAAAAAAGAAAAACUAAAGUUGUAAGCACGUGAAACAGAAAGAAAUUUGUUGAUCAACGAUUAUUAUUUUAUUUUACAAGACUAAACAGAAUGAAACGAAUCAGUUACGAAACAACGAGAGUCAAUGAUUAUAUAUAAAGCUAUAAGAUAAAUCAACUAAAAUGUUAGGUAGAAAAUUUUUACUAUGUUUCAAUCGAACAAGCUAUUUUCAAAGGUCACUGACAACUGCUCGGAAUGUGUAUUUUACAAAUGAUGAUAUAGUUGUCGCAGAAAAAGUGAAACAGCAUAGUAAAACACCUGAAAAUAUUUCAGUAUCCACUGCAGUGCGUGAUUAUUUAAAAGAUGUUGGUUUAGAAUACUUUAUGGAUAGUAUACCAAAGAAGUUAUUGAGAAAACAAUGUAGUUCUACGUCAAAACUGUGUUUGUUUGAUCCCAAGACUGCUAAGGAACUGGCUUUGAUGAUCUCAGAAGAUUUGAUGCAGAAUACUUCUUUUGUUAUAGAAUGUAACCCAGGCUUGGGAUUAUUAACUCAGGAAUUAUUGAAAAUUGGUGUGCCUUCUAUCCAUUUAUACGAAAAAUAUGAAAAGUUCUACAGUCCACAGAGCCCCUUAGGAAAAUUAAUUGCAGAACACAAUAAUCGUCUUGAUUUAAGGAAAUUGAAUUUUUUUGAUGCAUGGAUGAUUUUACUUCUUGAUAAACAUACUGGUGAUGAUAUUAGCGAUACUUACCUUACUGAUAUACCAUAUCAUGAAUGGGAAAAUGAGCCUUGUGCACAAAUAAUAGCAUUUUGCCCAAGCAGAAAUUUUUUAUCUUUAUUAAUCCAUAAUUUUUUUCAACAAACAAAAUUGUAUGAGCACGGGCGAGUUACUUUUUUUUUAAUUCUACCAUCAAAAAUUUGGGAGAGAGUAAAAGUAUGUAACACAGAUGAUAAAAAGUUACAGCGAUAUUACAAUCAGCAGAGUAUUUUUCUACACUUGUUUUUUGAAUUUAAAUGUCUUGGUGAAGUGCCCAGGAAAGCUUUUGCACCUUGGCCAGAAAAGAAGCUAAUAAAUAAUAUCCAUUCAAUUGACAUACCAAUGCAAGUCAUUAAACUAGAGCCCAAAAGUAACACGUUUGAUUUGAUUAGUAAAGACGAUUUGAAAGCAUUUUGGUUUUUUCUCAAAUAUUGUAUGAGGUCAAAAAAAAUUAAAAUUAUAAGCGAAAUGGAAAAUUGGAUCCCUGGUUGUGGCCCCAAGUUGAUUGCAUUAGACUUGGACAUUUGUACGAAAUUUAAGGAUUUGUCCCCUACCCAGCUUUUUGAACUAUACAAAUGUUUUCGUACUUGGCCAGAGUAUGACGAGAAUUAUUUUAUACCGAGUACAGGAUAUGUUGAUGACAUAAAAAAGGAUGAUGACGAGAAAAUCGAAUUAGAGGAACCAGAGCCAGAAAAUGUGAUUAAGGAUAACAUUCAAGACAACAGUAGUACUAUGAGGUAUUCGUCAGUCGUGUGAGAUAGGAAAAAAGAACUACAUUUCUAUAUACUUUUAUUAUGUAAGCAAUUUUUGUAAAAUAAUUACUAAGGAUUUUACCAGUAAAAUGUAAAUUUUGUAAUUAACUAGAAAAUAACUGAGACGUUUUUAUAAAUUAUAAUAAAAAAACUUGACAUUUGGAUAAGAAGUCAA